AUGAUCGAAACGGCCACAAUGGCUGCCAAGAACGAAAUAACCCCCAAAGGUGACUUGUCGCCGUCACGGUCCCAACUGAUGGUCGCGCAUGGUCUUGUGGGCGUCUGCAUUUACCUGUGCAUCGAGGUUAUCGUGCGCUUACUUCUCCGAUGCACGCGUCUUAGCCUGUACUUCUGGGCUUGUUCCGUUGACAUUUUGGCCAUCGCUCUAUACGUCAUUUCUUUCUUAGUCAACACGAAUAUGGCUCCGCAUAGCAAUGGUGGUCUGGUGGUGGUUACAGAAAUCACCUGGUGGACAUUCAAAGUUGCGCAAUCCAUGGUACUCUACUCUCGGCUCAACCUGGUUAUGAAGAAUAGACGCGUCUGUCGCUACGUGCUAUGGACCAUCAUCUUCACGGCCGGUUUUGCCGGGCUCCCGGCCGUCAUCACCUCGCUCAUGAACAGUCUCGGCUACUCCCCUGGAAUUUUCAGAGUGUACGAUAUCUUCGACAAAGUCCAACUCACUGCCUUCUUCGUACAAGAAACUGCGAUCGGUUUCCUCUAUAUUUACGCCACUAUCACAUAUCUCAAGAACCGCGUUUCCCUCGGGGCCAACCGUAAAGCCACACGACGUGUCCUAUUUUGUCUUCUCUCUGUCAACACAUUCAUCAUAUGUAUCGACUGCACCCGACUUGGACUUCUCUACACGCAACAAGACUAUCCCUUUCUGCAGGGAUUCUAUACCGUCACAGUAUACGCCGUCAAGCUGCGCACCGAGUUCACGGUACUAAAUCAACUGAAAUCGACCCUAGUCAGCAAAGUACGUGGACCACGCCGCACCAAUACGACGGACGUGCCACCGAUCGACGCGGAGCUAGGCGGAGAAGGACGCAUAAGUCAGGGAAGCGGUAUAGAGUUGGUGGAUCGCACUGGAAUAGAGAAAAAGGUGGUGUUUACUAUGACGAGUCAUGAGGACCUCAGGGAGUCGGACGGGGGGAGCUAG